CUCGCCCACUGUCACUCGCGGUCCCAAUUUUUUUUCCCCCUUCCCACCGAGUCUUCCUAUUUGGUUCUCCGUCCGCCGUUAGCUAGCUGGCGCCGCUGGAGGUAGCUAUGCUUUCGCUUUAGUGCGACAGCAUUACGUCAUUUUACGAAUCGUUUUAUAUGUCGUUUCUAUUUUCGCCUCGCGUAAACUCCUUUCCCCCACGGCGAGAGGACGUUCUAAGUCAUCGUCGUCGUUGUUGUUUUUUUUCUUCCGUCGCCGGGUUCACGUCAGCCGAGUUGCUCUCUUUCUUGUGCUUUUUUUUGGACGAGCUCCAGGGCUGACAAAAGCCUGGCCGUCACAUGUUGGGCGCCACGCAGCCCGUGAAGCGAUUCUCACCCCCGACCGUCUGUGUUGGAAGUGUUCAAGUUUGACUCGGGGAGGGCUGACGGUUAUUCGUGGAGCCUCUCGCGCUGGGAGGAAGGAGUCCGGGGCGCGCGGAGGAGGACUCCGCCGAACAAGCACCACCACCACCGGCUUGCCUGGAGGAAGACAAAACUCCACAGUGGGAUGGCCAACGAACCGAUCAUCCUAAACGUCUACGAUAUGUACUGGAUCAACGAGUUCACCAGCACGCUUGGCAUCGGCGUCUUCCACUCAGGAAUCGAGAUCUACGGCCGAGAGUUUGCCUACGGGGGACACCCGUACCCCUUCUCAGGAAUCUUUGAAAUCACGCCGGGUGACGCCACCGAGCUCGGCGACACGUUUAAAUUCAAAGAAGCCAUCGUCCUCGGCAGCACCGACUUCACCGAGGACGACGUGGAGCACAUCGUGGAGGAAAUGGGCAAGGAGUACAAAGGCAACGCCUACCACCUCAUGCACAAGAACUGCAACCACUUUUCCUCGGCGCUCUCAGAGAUCCUGUGCGGCCGCGAGAUUCCGCGCUGGGUGAACCGCCUGGCCUACUUCAGUUCGUGCGUGCCCUUCCUCCAGAGCUGCCUGCCCAAAGAGUGGCUGACGCCGGCCGCCCUGCAGUCCAGCGUCAGCCAGGAGCUGCACGCCGGCGGCAGCGAGCCGGAGGAGGCGGAGGACGCCGUCGCUUCUGCCUCGCUGGCGGCCGUGGCGCCGUCUUCGUCCCGCCACCAACCACGUCGGUAGAAAAGCGGACCCCACUGUAGGACGUUUCGCCCUGACGUCACACGUACUUCCGGGUGGCACAAGCAUUAACAAAAUGUUUAUUCUACGUUCCCGGUGGCCACGGCAGCUCGGUUCACACGAAAUGUGGGACUUUGGCCACUUUUGUUUGGUCCACAUUCAAGUCUUAUGUUUUCUCACGGUGUUUGACGGUGGCUGCUGAGGUUGGGCUCGCGCUUUGCCACGUAUGCCGGGAUGUUCCCUCCUGGCCGCUCACGUUCUGAUGGGGUCCCUCGCAUCAGACAAUGGGGGACGAAAUGACGUAUCAAACAGACAGAACGUGACAAAACGUGAAAAGACCGUGAGAUGGCAUGGGAAUGCAUAUGCUUCCCCUUCCCAUGUUUUGUUACGCCCACAAUCACAUUUUGUCGCGUUCAUCCUGUUUUACUACGGCUGACGAGAGUUGUCAUCCGCGCCGUGACCUUCGUUGCCCGCGUUGUCUCACGUCCACCACAAACAUAAUGUGACUGUCAUUUUGAGGCAAGAGACGAUUUAGCAAACAGGCUCAAUGGCUUGACUGAUGAUUUUCGCCUGUGUGACGCGCCAGUCAAAAAGAUGUCACGAGAUAAAUUACUUACAAAGGAGACACUGCUUGUAAUUUACAUUUCAACAGAUAAAUUGUUUCAAAAAUAGACGGGAUGGAAAUUCAAUCUUAAUUUAAUCUUUGAGGGACCGGCUAAUUAAUUCCGAAGAGCUGUUUGGGGUUGUUAACACCCAUCGUAACACCAUUAAGAUGUUAGCUAGCACGCUAUCCAUGAUGAUGUGCUGAAUUAUUGAGACUACCCAAUCCCACAUUUUAUACCGUACCUGUGAGGAAAUGCCUUCCACGGUCUGUCCCUUUGGAAGUGGCUAUUAGGCAAUCGUCUCUACAAACAUUUACGACCUCCACUCCAUUUAUCCUCACCCACAGGCGCCGCUGGACUAUUUUCUUUUUUAGGAAAUGGGGUAUAUCUGGCGGCGUUUCUGUCAUGGUUUCAGUUCACGUCACCAGCAGUCAAUCACUUUUUUGCCACCCGGAAGUACCGUGGCGCCUAUUGUUUACAAGCAUUAUGAAAUGGUCUAUUUCCCGUCUUAACCCUCACCAGCCAUAAAUGGACUCGACCAGCUGGUUGACUGGUGCUUCUGCCUGUUGCAGGUAACCCGAGCCAAACGUCCUCACGUGGACCUUGUCGAUGAUUAUUAUUAUUUUUUUAAGACUGAAUGUUCCUUUAUUUAUUUAUUUUUGUCAUUUCGAGGAAGGAAAGUGACUUUCUUAGUAGCAACAACCUGCCGUGGUGCCUUCGAGCUGGCUCACCAGGUAGAGCAACCCAACUUUGUUGUGAUUUUUUAAACAUUAUUUUUUUUUUGGUUUGUUUUUUAACCGAGCACAGCAACGCCUCUGACGUCUUAUUGACGUCUGAUUCAGAUAUUCAGAGACUCUUAAAUGGAUGAGAAUGCACAGCCUUUUCCUCCUCUACUACAAAUGUCUCUUUUGUAUUUCUCUGGUCUGUUUCUUUGACAAACUCAGGACCCCAAAUAGUCUUUGGUCAUCAUUUUGAAAUAUCUUAGAUUAAAAAAAAAGAAAAAAUCUAUCAGGUUUUUUGCUUUUUGAUGCAGUCAUCACUAUGCCGCAUGAACACAGGGUGGCAAUUUUCUAUGGAAAUUAAAUAGAGAAUACAGCUUUUGUUGACAAGGUGUUUUUGGUUUUCUUGUAUGUGAAGUGUUACAUAUGGAAAGCUGAUUGGGUAUUUAUUCCUCAUCCUUGAUAUCCAGCUACUGUGAAACUCAAGAGGCGGCGCGCUGAUGUUCUGGGGUGGCUUUGCUACAUCUGGGACAGGGUAUCUUGGGACAGCGUGAAAUAUAUUGCAAUGAUUUCCACAGAAGGUUGUGCAGUUACGGCUAAAAAUAUUUGUAUCAUGGCCACAUUUUGAGUUAAAAUGAUGUUUUUGGUCAGGUGAGUAUUUAAUCAACACGGAAAUGAAAAUAGUAACUGCCAGGUGUUGCAAACCUUCAAGCCUCCUUCAUGUUUCAGGUUCAGAGUUAUUUUAAAAACAUGAGUAAACAUUGCACUGUAGCUUCUGGCCAACAGAGAUGGGCUCGCAUACGUUCCGGGACUGCUUUGUUACGUCCGGCACAAAGUGUCUUCAUUCUGUGCAGGAUAUAAUGAAAUCUGAGACUAUCAAAAGUGUUCAAGAAAUUGUUCAAUUGCUGUAAUUUCCUGAGAUUUUUGUGUCGUUAAAUCCACAAUAUUCACAUCCCAGACACAUUUGAAAUGGAAAUGAUGUUUUUGUGUGUUGCAUCAGUAUCUUUUAUGCUGGAAAUCCCAAUGGCAGUAACUGCCGGAUGCAGCCAAGCAGCCCCAGACAACGAAACUGCAACUGAGCAUGUGUUUCACUGUGUACUUUUUCCUGCAUGCAUCUGUAAAAGCACUGACGGAAAGGAACACUUUAGCUGUUCUGGGGCUGCUUUGCUCUAUCUGGCACGAGGUGUGCGGAAGACCAACAAGCUUUGACACUGGCAGCACAUUUCACGCCUGAAUGCCUUUAUAGUCUCGAGCCUUUGAAGACACCCUGUGUGCCAGAUCCAGUCAAGCAAAUCAUGAGUCGUGUUUUGGGGCUGCUUUGCUACCCCUGGCACGCAUGGUGCCUUCAGUCGGCAGGAUACGAUGAAAUCCAAAGACCGUAGACCACUGAGCUAUAAACUCAUUUCUUUUGACACUUUGUCCUCUGUAGCCAAAAGAUGCCAUCGCAACAAAUGACUUUAUUGCUAUAUUUGGGCUUAAAUGUAUACUUAAUAUAUUGGAUCUACCCAAAGCAUAACACGGAACAAAAUAAAGCAAAUGCUUUGGAGUGUUUGAUUUAAAUAGUUUUCGUUAACUCAUAGCGAAGAACAUGCAACUACGGUUCAGUGAGAUGAUUUGUUAUCUUUAUUUUAAAUUUGCAUACAUCAGUAUGAAGUAUAAAUGAAAUGCAAAAAUGAUUGCUCCAAUAUGGAGCUGCCUGCGCCCCAUGCUGGCUGCUACCAGUACUGCAGCAUGGAUUCUCAUUCUCCUUUAAUCAUUAGCUACACUCAUUGAUUGAUGUUAUAGACGUUAUAUUUCCCCCCCUUUUCUGGCCUACUCUUUGGGCACAAACUUGAAUUUGACCGGCUUGACUGGCUGGAACUUCCAGUUAAACUCCAGAGGAAUCUAAAAGGGAAGACGCACCACUACACGUUAGGAGCGGAAAACCAACGCGAUGGAAAUGAAUGUGUAAAUGUCUCACGAUGGUCUCCUUGCACGUCUCCACUUUGUAGCGCUGCAGCAGGCGGACCAGGACCAUCUUGACGGUGAGGAGAGCGUAGCGCAUCCCCACGCAGUUGCGAGGGCCCAGGCCGAAGGGCAUGUAGGCGUAGGGGUGCAACUCCUCGCCGCUGUCUUUGCUGAACCUGCGAUGGCACGUCGGAAGGGGGACGGUGGGUAACGUUUUCAAGACACAAAGGUCCAGUGCAAAAAUAAUUGCAGAUCUGGCAAGCCCUCGUGGAACGCUUUCAUUUGAGGUAUGACAUCAUAUGGGUUUGUUGCAAACUCAUUUGUGACUUUAUUACGAUUGAACCUCUGGUCAUUGUUUUUGAUUAUGCAAUCAUAUCAGGUGAUAUUGCAAAAGCCCUCAUCAAGCGCUUUCAUUUGAGGUAUGACAUCAUAUGAUCUGUUUAAAAAGAAAAACGGAUACUUUUAUUACGAAGGUUGUCAACAGUAUCUGUGGUCAAAUAUUUUUUUUGUCUUUAUGGAAUCUUAUGGGGUUAUAUUUCCAAAAUAAUUACAGAUUAGGAAAGUCCUCAUCAAGUUUUAAUUUGAGGUAUGAGAGAGUAUGGUUUACUGCAAAUUGAUUGACUAUUAAUGAACCUCUGGGUAAGGUUUUGGUCGUUAUGUAAUAUUAAGGUGAUGUUGCCGAAAUAAUUACAGCUCUGGAAAACCCGAAUCGGGCACUUUAAUUUGAGGGAUGUCACGUUAUGAUUUGUUGCAAAUACUUGACUUAUUAAUAGUGAAUUUUGACCUUUGACCUAGCCAAGGUUAGGGUAAUCAUAUGAGUAUUUUUAGACAAAAUGAUUAUAAAUCUGGAAAUGGAUAGAUGCAUGCUGAUUUUUGACCUUAUUACUCGGGAAUUAUGACCGCGGGAGAUGUCUCAUUUCUCUUGUUUUAUGAAAUAAUUGCAGAUCUGGAAUGAACUACAGAUCUAAUAACCGUGGGCUUGCCUCUCUGGUCUGAAUCUUUCCGGGUCCUUCCAAUAGCGGGGGUCCUUGUGGACCACCGACACGGGAACGGUGACCAGGGUGCCCUCGGGGAUGGUGAGGCCGCCGAGCUCGACGGUCUUUUUGCACAAGCGCUCCAGCCGAGGCGCCGGCGGGAUGAUGCGCAUGCACUCGUUAAUCACGUUGUCCAGGUACUCCAUACCGUGCAGGCUCUCGUAUGAAAUGGAACCCUUGGGACAGGGACAGGAGACUCACUUAAAUGACGCUCAACACAACAUUCUGGAGCGAUAACGUCACAGGGCACUCCAUAAAAUAAAAAUAAAAAAUAAAUUAAAAAAAAUCACAUUUAUGAGACGAACAGGAGAAUGUUAUGUGAAUAAUGCAGUAAAGAGAACAAAGUCGUGAAGUUAGGAGAAAGUGAAAAAAGAUGAUAAAACUACUCGGAUAAAGUCAAAAGGAUGUGCAAAUAAAGUGGCAGCGCAAGGAGGAUAAUGGUGAAUUUAUGAGAAUAAAGCUGUGAAGUUACGAGAAAGUCAAGAGUUGCAAAAAGGGUUGUCGAGUUAUGAGAAUAAAGAAUAACGUGAAUAAAAUUGCACAAUUAUCAGGAUAACGUCAUAAUGUUAUGAGUAUAAUGCAGUAAAGUUAAUAGACUAAAGGUGUAAAGUUUAUCGGAAUGAAGUUGCAGAGAUGCAAAAAUGUUGAAAAUCAUUAAAUCAUUUACGUCUGUAAAGUUACGAGACAUUUGUAAAGUUGCCAAAGGGUUGUAAAGUUAGGAAAACAAAGUCCCGAUUUGACUUUGCCAAAACUACUGAAAACUACUGAAAAGCGUCAAAGUGAUUUUUAAGACGGUAUUCGAUGUGUCAUGUACAUAUAACAUGAUUGAGCUGAAUGGUAUUUUUUUUUUUAAUUAUUAUUUUUUUUUAAAUAUUUAAAAUCGCUACCGUGCUAAUGCUAACCGCGAAUGCGAACCGUUUACAAAGGCUGAUUUUGUUGUCGCAAAUUCUGUACAGUUUAUACCAUACGCUCAGUACCCAACAUAUUCAGUUUAAGGACAGAAGUCCAGCUCUCAGAAAUGAGAAUAAAAUGCAUGUUAGUAGAAGGAAAACAAAUGGUGGCAAUUACUCGAGUCCUUAGCGAAACAUCUAUAAAGCUAAUCGAUUCUAAAAAGAUUCGAUCGUGACAGCCCAAGUCGAAAUGUUCUGAGGGGGGGAGAAAAGAAGAAAAAAAAAAAAAAGCCUCCCUGCAGGCAAUUCGUUCAGAAUAAACUAAAAAAAAAAAAAGAGAAAGAUCCAACAACCAAAAGCACUCGGGAGUGAAGUGUACAUCUUUGGGAACUUUGGCGUCAAUCUCCUCCAGCAGGUUCCUCAUGGCCUCCGGGUUGGUGACGAUGUUGUACAGGAUGUACGUCAGCGUGGUGGCGGUGGUCUCAAAACCCCCAAAGAUGAAAAUGAAAGCCUGCGACAGGAUCUCCUUUUCCGUCAAACCUACGACCACGGGAGUCACGGUUCAGGCGGCCACUUUAGUCGACUUUUCGUGACUCCGUUGAUUAUUCGUACCUUUACUCGGCUGCUCGUGUUCGCUCUUUAUGUCCGACUCGGGCAUCUCGUGCUGGAUCAUCACCUGCAGGAAGUCUGCGUGACUCUCCACAAACACAUUGUUCAUUAUUAGUAUUAUUAGUAUUAUUAUUUUUAACAUCUCUCUGACAAACUGAGUAUCACUGUGUAUUGCUGCAGCCAGCGUCACUUGUUAUCGGGCAUGUCAAAAGUUUUUUAUUUUUUAUUUUUUAUAUCGUUUGUCAUUAUAUCAUUUGUCAUAGGGUAGGACGAAAGGUGAACGGAAUCCAGGUCGCCUGUGUGGAAGUCGGCUGCGGGAAUCACUACACCGCCAAUGGCUUUUCAAGAUACUGGAUAAUUCUAUAUAUUUUGUCAACUUUUAAGAAUUGCGACGCAGUCCAACACGAAAAAAAAAAAAAAUCCAGAAAUUGGUGCGAAGCAGUAGAAUUGCUAGAUAGUCAAGUUAAGAGAAAAAAAAUUGGAACGUGGUAGUAAAUUCAUAACAUGAUGAAAUGUAAAAUGUCGGAAUAAAAUUCUAAAUUGACAAGAAAAAUGUCAAAUCAUUAGUCAGUCGUCAAAAGUAGCAAACCUGCAAGAAUAAAACCUUAAAGUUAAGACGAGAGAGCUGGAACGUUCCAAGAAUUAAAUAUCAAUGUUUAAAAAGUAGUCACAAUAUCAUGAAAGGAACGCAUUAAAGUUGCGAAAAUAAACACGAAUACACAAAGCCGUGAAUUUAUAAUGAUAAAGCCGUAAAGUUACAAGACAGAAGCGAAAAGAUUACGAGAAGGAAGUCGCGAGGAUAGUCGUAAAGUUACAAAAACAACCGAAAGAUGCGUCAAUGGAGUGAUGAAGUCUUGUAAAAUAAAGUCGUUUCAUGAAUAAAGUUGCAACAACAAAAAAAAGGUUAUGUUACGAGAAUAAAGUUGUAAAGUUACAUGAAAAAGAUGAUGAAAACGCUGUGAACUUUACCGACUGCUCUGCUUGAUGCUGAUCUUUAAACCUCUUAAU